UUCAGUCAGAAAUUCAUAAUCUCCUCGGUACGGAAACAGAGGAAGACACAGCCACUCUGUCAUCUCUGUCUCCAUUUAUAAAACAGAGAAAUACUGAAUUGCAUGCUUGAGUUUUUGUUAAUGGAAGUUUGAGAGAGUUGUAUGUAUAUAUAUAUAUAUAAAUAUAGCAUUUAGGAAAAUGGAGGGUGCUGAUUUGUACGGAGGAAGUAGUGCACGUUUAAGCAGCUCAAGCAUAUGGAGGAACACGGACGCUGAAGUAUUCUCCAAGAGAUCUUCUCGUGUGGAAGAAGACGAUGAAGAAGCUCUCAAGUGGGCUGCCAUAGAAAAGCUUCCAACUUAUUUACGUGUAAGGAGAGGAAUUCUCAAUGAAGAAGAAGGUGAGGCAAGAGAGAUUGAUAUAAAGAGUCUUGGGAUGGUGGAGAGAAAGGAAUUAUUAGACAGACUUGUUAAAAUUGCUGAAGAAGAUAACGAGAAGUUCUUGUUAAAACUUAAACAACGCAUUGAGAGAGUUGGGCUUGAUUUUCCUACAAUUGAGGUUCGAUUUGAGCAUUUGACUGUAAAAGCAGAAGCUCAUGUGGGGAGUAAAGCAUUACCUACGGUGUUCAAUUUCACUGUUAACAUCAUUGAGGGUUUCUUGAAUUAUCUUCAUAUUCUUCCAAGUAAAAAGCAUCCUUCACAAAUUCUUCAUGAUGUCAGUGGAAUCAUCAAGCCAAGAAGAAUGACUUUACUUUUGGGUCCGCCAGGUUCCGGGAAAACCACUUUACUUUUGGCAUUAGCUGGAAAGCUCACCAAAGAUUUAAAAUUUUCGGGUAGAGUUACGUACAACGGUCGUGGAAUGGAGGAGUUUGUGCCGCAGAGAACAUCAGCUUAUAUAAGCCAAUAUGAUCUUCAUAUAGGAGAGAUGACAGUGAGAGAAACUCUUGAAUUUUCUGCAAGAUGUCAAGGAGUUGGACCCAGAUAUGAGAUGUUGGCAGAAUUAUCAAGAAGAGAAAAGGAAGCCAACAUCAAACCAGAUCCCGACAUCGAUGUUUACAUGAAAUCAGCGGCAUUGGAAGGGCAGGAAAGCAGUGUGGUUACUGAUUAUAUUCUUAAGAUUUUGGGACUUGAAAUUUGUGCCGAUACCCUGGUUGGGGAUGAAAUGCUCCGUGGUAUUUCUGGUGGUGAAAAGAAGCGUGUUACAACUGGGGAGAUGCUGGUUGGACCUGCAAAAGCACUUUUCAUGGAUGAGAUAUCGACUGGUUUGGAUAGUUCCACGACAUUCCAAAUAGUGAAUUCACUGAGACAGUCCAUUCAUAUUCUCAAUGGAACUGCUCUCAUCUCCCUGCUGCAGCCUGCACCAGAAACCUAUGACUUGUUUGAUGAUAUAAUUCUACUCUCGGAUGGACAUAUUGUCUAUCAAGGACCCCGUGAAAACGUUCUUGAAUUCUUCGAAAGCAUGGGAUUCAAGUGUCCUGAAAGGAAAGGAGUAGCUGACUUCUUACAAGAAGUGACAUCAAGGAAAGAUCAAGAGCAAUACUGGGCGAACAAAGAUGAGCCUUACAGCUUCGUUAGUGUGAAAGAAUUUGCAGAGGCGUUUCAGUCAUUUCAUAUUGGCAGGAAACUGGGUGAUGAGCUUGCUACUCCAUUUGACAAGUCUAAAAGUCACCCAGCUGCGUUAACAACCCAGAAAUAUGGUGCUAGUAAGAAGGACCUUCUAAGAGCUUGCAUCUCAAGAGAAUUCUUGCUCAUGAAGAGGAAUUCAUUUGUCUACAUCUUCAAAAUGUUCCAACUGACUUUAAUGGCUUUCAUAACGAUGACAUUGUUUCUACGAACCGAGAUGCAUCGAGAUACAAUGGAAGAUGGUGGAGUUUUUCUGGGUGCUCUUUUUUUCACAGUGGUUAUGAUAAUGUUCAACGGGUUCUCAGAGCUAGCAAUGACUAUAAUGAAACUUCCUGUUUUCUACAAGCAAAGGGACCAACUCUUUUAUCCUGCCUGGGCAUAUGCUUUGCCCACGUGGAUUCUCAAGAUCCCAAUCACCUUCCUUGAAGCUGCUGUUUGGGUGUUCAUGACUUAUUAUGUCAUAGGCUAUGAUCCAAAUGCUGGAAGGUUCUUCAAACAGUAUCUUGUACUCGUCUGCCUUAACCAGAUGGCAUCAGCACUUUUCCGGCUGAUAGGAUCCCUAGGAAGGGACAUGAUCGUGGCCAACACUUUCGGUUCAUUUUCAUUACUGUUAGUUUUUGUAAUGGGGGGAUUCAUCGUUUCACGAGAUGAUGUGAAGAAAUGGUGGUUGUGGGGUUACUGGUUCUCACCAAUGAUGUAUGGACAAAAUGCGAUAGCUGUGAACGAAUUUACUGGCAGGAGUUGGAAUCAUAUUCCCCCAAAUGCAACAGAAUCAUUAGGUGUUUCAAUCUUGAAGUCUCGCGGGUUAUUCCCUGAAGCCUACUGGUAUUGGAUUGGAGUAGGAGCUUUACUCGGAUACUGUUUCCUGUUCAACAUCCUUUUCACUUUUGCUCUUAAAUAUCUAGAUCCAUUUGGAAAGCCUCAGGCAGUACUAUCUGAACAAGCCUUGGCUGAGAAAAAUGCAAACAGAACUGGAGAGUUCAUAGAGUUGCCAGCAAGAGUAAAGAGUUCCGAAAGAGGGAAUCAAAGUCGUAGGAAUCUGUCAUCUUCAGGAAGAAUAGGCAGCAUUAAUGAAGGUGACGAGAACAGAAAGCGUGGGAUGAUUCUUCCUUUCGAACCCCUUUCUAUUACAUUCGAUGAAAUUAGAUAUGCUGUUGACAUGCCCCAGGAAAUAAAAGCUCAAGGAGUUAACGAGGACCGACUAGAGCUUCUGAAAGGAGUGAGUGGUGCUUUCAGGCCAGGAGUGCUUACUGCUCUGAUGGGGGUUAGUGGUGCUGGAAAGACCACUUUGAUGGAUGUGUUGGCAGGAAGAAAAACUGGAGGUUACAUUAGUGGAAGCAUCAAAAUAUCUGGGUAUCCGAAAAAGCAGGAAACUUUUGCUAGGAUAUCUGGAUACUGUGAGCAAAAUGAUAUACACUCCCCUCAUGUUACAGUCUAUGAAUCUUUAGUCUAUUCGGCUUGGCUUCGUCUACCACCGGAGGUUGAUUCCAUGACAAGAGAGUUGUUCAUUGAGGAAGUUAUGGAGCUUGUGGAGCUGACCUCACUAAGGGAAGCAAUUGUGGGACUUCCUGGCAUCAAUGGUCUAUCAACCGAGCAGCGCAAGAGGCUGACAAUUGCAGUUGAGCUUGUGGCAAAUCCAUCAAUUAUAUUCAUGGAUGAGCCAACCUCAGGUCUUGAUGCGAGAGCAGCAGCUAUCGUAAUGAGAACAGUGAGGAACACAGUGGAUACAGGAAGAACAGUCGUCUGCACCAUCCACCAGCCAAGCAUUGACAUAUUCGAUGCAUUUGACGAGUUGCUUCUUUUAAAACGAGGAGGUGAAGCCAUAUACGUAGGUCCUUUAGGCCUUCAUGCCUGCCAUUUGAUUAAGCAUUUUGAGGCAAUUGAUGGAAUACCUAAAAUCAAAGAUGGCUACAAUCCUGCAACUUGGAUGUUAGAGGUGACUACAACGGCACAAGAAGAAGCUCUUGGAGUUAGAUUCACUGACAUAUACAACAAUUCAGAACUAUAUAGGAGAAAUAAGCAACUCAUCAAGGAGCUAAGUACGCCUGCACCCGGAUCAAAAGAUUUGUACUUUCCAACGCAAUAUUCACAGUCUUUCUUCACACAAUGUAUGGCUUGCUUAUGGAAACAACAUUGGUCCCAUUGGCGAAACCCGCCAUAUACUGCAGUUAGAUUAUUAUUCACAACCUUCACCGCUUUGAUGUUUGGAACAAUGUUCUGGGAUCUAGGCUCCAAGAGAGGAAGAGAACAAGAUUUACUGAAUGCAAUGGGUUCCAUGUAUGCUGCGGUCCUAUUCCUUGGUUUUCAAAAUUGUGCGUCAGUUCAGCCAGUUGUGGCAAUUGAAAGAACAGUGUUCUACAGAGAAAGAGCAGCUGGAUUGUAUUCGGCCUUGCCAUACGCUUUCGCCCAGGUGGUAAUUGAGCUGCCAUACAUUCUGAUACAAACACUUCUAUAUGGCCCUAUAGUUUAUGCCAUGACCGGAUUCGAGUGGGAAGCAGCUAAAUUCUUUUGGUUUAUCUUCUUCACUUACUUCACUUUCCUAUACUUCACAUUCUAUGGCAUGAUGACAGUCGCUUUCACUCCUAAUCAACACAUUGCUGCUGUUAGUUCAACUGCAUUUCUAUCAAUAUGGAACCUUUUCUCAGGAUUCAUCAUCCCAUUUCCUAGAAUUCCUGCAUGGUGGAGAUGGUACUCUAGAAUCUGUCCUACUGCUUGGACACUAUAUGGGUUAGUAGCUUCCCAAUUUGGAGACGUAAAGGACAGAUUUGAUAAUGGUGAAAGUGUUGAAGAUUUUAUAAGAAGAAAUUUUGAAUUCAAACAUGAGUUCAUUGGAGAAGUUGCAGCCAUUGUUGUGGGUUUUGUAGUGCUCUUUGGAUUCAUUUUUGCCUUCUCAAUUAAGGUCUUUAAUUUCCAGAAGAGGUGAUAUAUUUAUAUAUAUAUAUAUACGAUAAUACAAAUACGACAAUUUCCUUCUUCAAUAAAUGAAGGAAACUAUAAUCCCUAUACAUUAGUUUUUUGUUUUCUUUUGUUCUUCUUCCAUAAAGGAAAUCUGUAAAUUAUAGCUUCAUGAUGUAUGUCUUAUUUUUUUUUGUUAAAAAAAGAUAAUAAUAAUUUUUCCAAGGAAAGGAAGGAAGAAGGAGUGCUAAG